GCGAUCCAGAGUGUGUCUUCGGGCGGGAUUGCUGGAAUGGUCGCUAAAUGCGCCGUGUACCCCAUGGACGUCGCCAAGAAGCGUCUCCAAGUGCAGGGCUUCGAAGAAGCACGCUGUAGCUUUGGUCGCCUACACUCCUCAAACAGCCUCCGAGACUGCAUUAUCACCAUGUGUCGUGAGGAGGGUCCUUCCUCCCUCUUCAAAGGCCUUAGCCCCUCCCUGCUGAAAGCCUGUGUCUCUAUUGGCGUCCGUUUCGGUGUCUACGAGGAGGUCUGCUCUCUACUGUCCGCUCAUCGCAAGGGCAAAUUGCAUAAGCCCUAG